AUGAGCUCCUUCGACCUCCCGGCAUCCUCGCCACCACGAUGCAGCCCCCAGUUCCCCAGCAUCGGCCAGGAGCCCCCGGAGAUGAAUCUUUACUAUGAGAACUUCUUCCACACCCAGGGCAUGCCCAGCCCUCAGCGCCCCCCCUCCUUCGAGGGCGGUGGAGAGUACGGGGCUACCCCUAACCCCUACCUCUGGCUCAAUGGGCCAGCCAUGACCCCACCACCCUACUUGCCUGGUACUAACGCCAGCCCCUUCCUGCCCCAGGCCUAUGGCAUGCAGAGGCAGCUUCUGCCCAGCGACCUGGGCUGGCUGCCCAUCCCCUCUCAGGAGGAGCUCAUGAAGCUGGUACGUCCACCAUACUCCUACUCGGCUCUCAUUGCCAUGGCCAUCCAUGGGGCGCCUGACCAGCGCCUCACGCUGAGCCAGAUCUACCAGUAUGUGGCUGACAACUUCCCCUUUUACAACAAGAGCAAGGCAGGCUGGCAGAACUCCAUCCGCCACAACCUGUCACUCAAUGACUGCUUCAAGAAGGUGCCCCGAGAUGAGGACGACCCAGGCAAAGGGAAUUACUGGACUCUGGACCCCAACUGUGAGAAGAUGUUCGACAAUGGAAACUUCCGCAGGAAGAGAAAGAGGAAAUCAGAUGCGUCUUCUAGCACAGGCUCCUUGGCAUCAGAGAAAACUGAGACCAGUCUCCUGGCAGGCAGUCCCAAGCCCACGGAGCCUCAGGAUGUCUUAGACACUGCCUCACCAGACACCACCAGCUCCCCAGAGAAGCGGGCCUCCCCUGCCCCCUCGGGCACCCCAUGCCUCAACAACUUCCUCUCCACCAUGACAACCUAUGUGAGUGGGACAAGCCCCAUGAGCCGCUCGGUGGCCACACCAGGACUGAGCCCAGAGCCAACUGACAAGAUGGGGCAGAACUCACUAAGUUUCAAUUCCUACACCCCCCUCACCAACCUUAGUAGCCACGGGAGUGGGGGUGAAUGGGCCAACCCAGUCCCCACCAAUGCCCUAGGCUAUGGAGGCUCUGUCCUCAACCAGUUCAGCCCACAUUUCUACAAUAGCAUAAACACCAACAGUGUUCUCUUCCCCAGGGAAGGCACCGAAGUCUAG